ACGGAAAGGCUGGUGAACGCUCAGUGUUACAACCGCGGGAGACAUCGCAACAGCCUACAAAGCGUGAGUGCGCGCGUGAAUUAAAAGCAAAGUGAAGCUGAAGCCUUCCCGUUGAAGAGUGUUGACUGAACGAAGUGGAAGAACAUUUAAAUUAACCAUGAAAAUCACAAGCGUAACAGUGCUGACACUGGCAGUGUACUUAGCGACGGUAGCGGCCCAGCAGUAUAAAUACACAGACCAGUUCGGACUUGCAGGACGUUAUGAUAGCUUUUCGCGACAGAAAAACCCGUAUGCGUAUAUUGUUCGGACUGCUAAACCUCGUCCCAGUUCGACGCUGAGCACUCGGUUUACCGUUGGAAGCCGGUUAGGGGAGGCUAACCCGGAAAAUGUUAUGCCACCGAAGAAUGGCGUUUCCGACGUUAGAUCCCGGUUGAGAGAGGGUGGUCCAAGAAACGUCAUGCUAUCAAAGAAUGAUCAGCAGCUUGCACGCGCGGUUGUAGAUCUGGCCUUGAAUAUAGGGCGCAGUUUCUCAGAACAGACCAGCAACGUGGAAGUUUUCUCGCCCGUAAGCAUUAUGGGAAUUAUAAACCUGCUGCUGCUGGGUGCUGAAGGCCUUACCAGAACCGAACUACUUAACGUGUUACAAUUGGACAGAAAUAUGAAGCCUAAAGCUUUUCAUAGCAGAGCUGCCGGGAUGUUGAAUAACCUGCUCUCCAGCAAUCCGCUUGAAUUGGACAAUUUGGCUUGGAAAGCGGGAUCUUGCGGAGAAGAUGAGUACUCUGACGAAGAAACCUCACCACAAACUACACCAAAGGGCACAAAAGAUCUGCGACUUGCUAAUGCUAUUUUCGCUCAAACAACGCUACCAUUGAAUGACAAGACAGUGUCACUGGCCCGUCAAUUGUACGAUGUCAAUACACAAAAGGUUAACUUCCGCGACUCUCUAGCUGCCUCAGGGAUUAUCAACAAAUGGGUCGCUCAGGCCACAAACAAUAAAAUCCGCGAAAUAGCCAGCGGCGGCUUUCCUCGAGACACAAAUAUGGUUUUGGUCAGUUCUCUAUACUUCAAGGCUACCUGGAUGACGGAAUUUACUGCUCAGUCGACUAAGCCGAGACCCUUUUAUCCGGAUGGAACCGAUCGCCCUUCGUUCAAAAUUGAUACGAUGUCCCUAAGCGCAUGUUUGCCGUAUCACUUUGAACGGGAUAUUGGAUUACGGGUGGUAGGUUUACCCUACAGUGACAACGCCACUACAAUGUACGUCCUAAUGCCGCAAAAUUCGACCCGAACGAAGUUGCGCAGUUUGCAAGAACAACUGACGGCCGAUCGGCUUGAUUCGAUACUAUUAAAAAUGCAACUUCGCAGCACAACAAUCAAUUUCCCCCGAAUGCAGUUAGAAAGUAACACGGACUUGGAAAAAGCUUUCCGACGCCUGGGAGUUAAAUCUAUCUUUAGCCCGCAGCAAAGCAAUUUGCGGCUGAUGCUUAAUCAAUCGGAUGCACAAGGAAAGUUGCCGCUCUACGUGAGUCAGAUUAAACACAAAGUGAAUCUCAGCGUGGACGAGCGCGGAACAGAGGGCGCUGCUGUCACGAUGACGUUAAUCGAUCGUGCUGGUGCCCAAGUAUACUUCAAUGCCAACCAGCCGUUCCUGAUCUAUGUUCGCCACGAUCCCACUCGCCUGCCAUUGUUCUACGGGACGGUAUUCGAUCCCCGGAAUUGAGGUAGUUAAGUUUUUGUUUUAUUAGCAUUACUACAUGAUUUCGCCGGAGCCGAAUUUGGUUACUGUUGCCGCUGUGCCAUACCAAUUAUGAUCACACGAAACUGGGUUCGUUACGGUUUGUGAAUAGUAAUAGGUUUUACCUGUACCAAAGACUAAUGCGUGACUAAGCGGUAGCGAUGUUUUAUUUUUCAAAUGUAUAUCGUGAGUAAGGAUAAAGCUAUCAUGAAUUUGCUGAUGAUCUCUAAAGUGCAGUCAGUGGGGGAAACAGUCAGCGACGGCGUGAAAAAAUAAGUAUUUUAUCAGCUAGAUAAACAUUAUAUUGUUAAACAACAACACGUUCAUGGAAUGUGUUUAGAAUCGAUAUUUUUUAGAUUAAAUCUAUUUAUACCAAACGUAGAAAUACUUGCAUUUAAUAGAUUUUUAGUGAAUUUUAUUUUAUUAAAAUUGAGUCAAUAUAAGAUUAAUUACUCGUCCAAGCGUAGAA